AUGUUUGCUCUUGCUCUUGCACUCUUGAUGUUUGCUCUUGCAUCCUGCCGGGCCUCCUAUCUGCAUCUUGUUGCCAUUACAUUCCUCUACCAUCUUACCAUAGCAAAAAUGAACCCCCUCGCCAACUUCAAUGAGGCUACUCAGAAGCAAUCGUUUGAACAUAUGGCAGGGUUCUUUCUCUCUCAACCGGCAACAUUCGCACUUCCCCCAAAACCAUCUUCUGUUCCUGCUCCUCCUCCAUUGGCAACCAUCGUCUCUAUACCACCACCCUAUAUUGCACCACCUGCCCUUCCGACCAUGAAGGCCACUUUCAACGGAAGAGGCAGUGGCAAACUCAAUGGGGAGGAAAGAGGAUUCUUCCUUGGUUUUGCCCAACACUCAUUCAAGCACAGCUUUGUCUGCAACUUGAUUCAUCUCGGCUACGAGAAGAAAGGCUCAAGAUGGUCUAGAGCUGUCUGGAGCCAGUUGAUGGCGGAGGAACCAGCUGCAGUGAAAGAAAGGUUGGCAAUCAACAUCAGUGCUGCCAUUCUAGCAGCAUCUACAGUCUUUUGCUGUUCGGGAAAGGAGUGA